UUCAGACCAGGCCUCGACCCCGCCCUGCUACAGGCUGAAGGGGGCGCCCGAGGCCAAGUGCCUUUGCUUGGGAUCCCGACGGCCAGGUAUACAGAAUAUCCAGAUAGUGGCUACACUUCUACCCCUGGUUUGGCUGCCAUGCAUCAUGGGCGAGCUAUUGGUAAAGGGCCCUCUACUGCCACACAGACUAACCAACAACCUCCUCGACUUCUCAUUGUGCACAUUGCUUUACCAACCUGGGCUGACAUCUGCUCCAACCUCUGUGAGGCUCUGCAGAACUUUUUUUCUUUAGCUUGCAGCUUGAUGGGCCCCAGUCGAAUGUCUCUCUUUAGUUUAUACAUGGUACAAAAUCAACAUGAGUGCAUCCUUCCUUUUGUGCAAGUGAAAGGGAACUUUGUUAGGUUGAAGGCUUGCAUCUCAGAGCUUCGCAUGAUAGAGACAGAAGGUUGUUUCCGACCACAAAGCACUUCUCUACAGCUGGCAAUACAGGAUGGACUCCAGCAAUUCAAACAAUACAGCAGAUAUGUGACCACAGGUGCUGCUCUGCCCUACACUUCCCUGGAGAUUACUGUCCUGACUUCCCACCCUGGAAAAGAAGUGGUCAAACAACUGGAGGAAGGGUUGAAAGAUAUAGAUCUGGUCAGGGUCAGAAGGCUUCAAGUUGUUGAAAUCACAAAGGGAAUCCUGGAGCUCAUGGACUCAGCAUCUCCUGUUGAAGAGCCCAGCAAUGAUGAGAGUUCUAUCCUGGGAACUGACAUUGAACUUCAGAUUAUAGACAACGAUGUUAUCAGCAUGGAAUUUUUCUUCAAAGCCUGGCUGCAUAACAGUGGAACAGACCAAGAACACAUCCAUCUCCUUCUUCCUUCACAGUGUUUCAGCAACAUUUCCAGUGCCAGGGAUAAUCCAAUGUGCCUGAAAUGUGAUCUCCAAGAGCGACUUCUCAGCCCAUCUCUGCUCCCUGGUACAGCUGACGGUGCCUCCAGAAUGGAUGACCCCAAAGGAGACCUCAGCACGCUCUACCAGAUGGCUUCCCAGUCCUCAGCCUCUUGUUACAAACUCCAAGUAAUCAAGGCUCUAAAAUCUAGCGGACUCUGCGAGUCAUUGACAUAUGGACUCCCCUUCAUCCUCAGACCCACAAGCUGUUGGCAGCUGGACUGGGAUGAGCUGGAGACAAAUCAGCAGCAUUUUCAUGCUUUGUGUCACAGCCUUCUGAUGGAGAAAGCUGUAAAGAGACCAAGAGAUUUACCAAUCAUCACACAGCUACCAAAGUGGCCAAGUCAGAAUUUGAACCUAGUUCUAUUUGACUACAAAGCCCACGCUUUAAACUUCCCUGUGUAUACACAGAUAAGUACAAACUACAACACUGAGGCUAAUCCUCCCUUCACUUAACCCCCACGGUUCUAUAUUUCACUGGGCUUGAAGUCACUUUUAAAGUGUCUAGGCACUCAUAAUCACUUUUCACUCAUUUUGUGCCAUUGUUCUCUCAGCUCUGUUUAUUCCAUCACCAAAUUAAAGACCACUCUCCUAGUGUAGAAAAGAGAAGAAAAACAGUAUUGAAAUGGCUCUUCCUUAUUGCUUUCUACAUAACAUCUCCAAGCAGCAAAAUUCCUGCACAGCAGUAUGUUACAGAGAGAAGAAUUUUUCACAAGUUUCAGCUUAUUCAUUCAACCACAAUUCACAUUGUGACAGACUUACGAGUUUUAGCCUCCCUCACCCUGUUGUCACAAGUUUACCACACUUCCUUAGUUUUAUCCUUCCUCUUAUAUUCUUUCUUACACUUUUUUCAUAUGUUCUUUUAAGAUUUGAUGUUAAGUCAGCUCCUCUCUUGCCUUCUCUUUCUCACUAUGAGUUUCCCUUCCACCUAACUUCUCAUUCUAACUUCUGUCUUUCUGUUAAUAGCAGCACCACCAUUGUCUAGUCACCCAGGCUUGAAACCUCAGUCACUUUCAGCCAUCUCCCCCUUUACACCCAUUUCACCACUAAGUCACAUUGUAACACUGAGGUGUAACUGCCCUUUCUUGUCUGUUCCCUGGCUGUUCUCAGCAAGACUUCUUCAGUAAAUUCCUAACUGACUUCCCUACCCAAUCUCUCCCUCUUCUAAUUUGCCUGGUACAUUGGUACCAUAUUAAUUGGCAUGUUUUUUGUUUGUUUGUUUUCACUACUAGGAAUUGAACACAGGGGCACUCUGCCCCUGAGCUAUAUCCACAUGUCCACAGUUC